AUGGUGAACCCGAGAGACCCCUUCCUCCUGGCGACAGCAAUAGCGUUCUUGGCAUGCGCCUUGUUGAGCGGAGAGGUGGAAGUCGGCUCGCUGAGCGGGGAGAACGAGCUGGGGUGGGCAGCGUCCUGGUCGGCGUGCGACGGGACAACUGGGGAGUGCUUGGGGGGAGAGGAAGCCGAGGAGAUGGCCAUGGAUUCCGAGAGCAACCGGCGGAUCCUGCAGGGUACUGGCAAUUACAUUUCAUACAGGGGACUGCAUCGCGAUCCCUCAUGCCCAAUUCACGGAGUUUCCUACUACCAGUGCAGUAGACCAGCGCCGUUGAACGACCCUUACAAGCGCCCCUGCACCUUCCGCAACGAAUGUGCGCGUGGUAGCCCGCCAUUCUAG